AUGCCCGCGCGCCGGCGUCCACCAGCGGGGUCGCGCACCGAACUCCCUCCGCUGAAGAUUAUCCGCAAGAUCCUCCUGCUACAAGUUGCCUACUAUGCCUGCGCGACGGUGCUCAUCCUAUUCACGACAGUCGUGUAUGGCGCGCCCUUCUCACUGGAUUUGAUCUUUGGGUGGGACUCGCUGAGGGGUGAUACGACUAUUGGCUGGAUGUUGGGGUUGGUUUGGAUGUUGAAUUGCUUUAUUAGCGUCAUCUUCCUCCUCCUCUUCGUCUCUCGCUCAAAGCUAGUCCCGGACUUCGCUCUGACAAUCCACUUCCUUCACCUCGUCGCCACGACCUUCUACACCCACUCCUUACCCACCAAUUUCCUCUGGUGGGGUCUGCAAUUUGCCAGCGCGGCUAUGAUGACGUUCCUGGGUAUGUGGGCUUGCCAGAGACGCGAGCUCGAGCCUAUUUCCUUUGGUGGGCUUGGUGGUGGUAGUAGUAGCCGCCAAGCUGGGUCGUCUUCUCAGCCUUCUCCUGGUGAUGGUCAGCAAGAGUCAAGCUUUGGUCGGGGUCGUGGCCGUGAGCGCAGCUUGCAGGAAUAUGAAUUGGAUGAUAUGAAGCAUGCUGGUGAGCGUGCUGUAUGA